UUCUCAAUCAACCAAUUAGUGCUGCAAGAAGGAAACUGUAUAAAACUCUGCAGGAAGAACUUGGACUGGUUUCAUGGCUCCAGGAUGGAGGGGUUCCUGUCCACGGUUCCACCGUAUAACGUCUGCGCUAACCCGGUUUGCGCUCCCCCGGCUCAGGGCGGCGGCUGGGGAAAGCGAGAGGGCCGCUUCAUGACCCCCCAGGGCCUCAACUACCUGGAGCUCUGCAAGGCCAUCCUGUCCCAAGUCAACCCGGGUUUACCCCCUCCUCCGCUCAAAAAGGCAAACACCAAAGAGUGCGGCGUGCAGGUGAACGCCAAAGUGGAUAAAAUCGUCCAGUGCUCGCUGGGUCCCAAGACGCUGUUCGGCCUGGAAAGCGACCACCAUCCCGUGUCCUCGAAGUCCCCCGACAGCCCAGAUCUGUUCAGACCGGGCGGGAAGGCGCUGUAUAACACACCGCCAGUGAGCAACCUACGCUUCCUGAGGCCCGUCUCCAUCUACUCGCCGGUGUUUGACCGCAGGAUCUUCCUGAAGAAACUCGGCGACGACGGCGGAAGUGAAGGAGAAGAAGCAGAAGCCGCUGAACAAGCUAAGUCUAACAAGGAUGCUGAGGAGGAUCACAGCGGCGAGGACACACAGAGGGACUAUACGACAACUUUCCAUCAGUCUUCAAGGGGCUCCAACUUCCAGUUCCUAGAGCAGAGGUAUGGAUUUUUCCACUGCAAGAAGUGCAACAUCCGGUGGGAGAGUGCUUACGUGUGGUGCAUCUCUGGAACCAGUAAGGUGUACUACAAGCAGCUCUGUCGGAAGUGUCAGGUGGGGUUUAACCCCUACAGAGUGGAGCCAAUUCUCUGCAAGGGUUGUUCUCAGACCUGCUGCAGCUGUGAGAAGAAGCAGAGGCACAUUAACAUGAAGAGGCCUCACCGUCAGGACCUGUGCUGUCGCUGCAAGGGCAUGAGGCUGUCCUGCGACGCCACCUACAGCUUCAAAUACAUUGUCUGAGCUCUCCCUGAGGGCGGCGAGGGGGGGGUUGGGGGGUCCGCUCUGGUCUGGAGUCCACCCAUUCCUAAUGAAGACCUGAUGGCAUUUGUGUUCCCAAGGUUGAGGGCAGUGUCUGUCAGUAGACAUGUUGUUACCUGUACAUGUCAUGAAUGGAAGCUGCCUCCAGUAAUGGACAUUUAAAGAUUCAGUUAUUCUCCAACCAGUGAGUAGCUGAAUCAAAAUGGCUCUUUGUUUCCCUGGUGCUUCAGUGAACAUGAAAACAAUUUUUGCAAGAAGAAAUAAAGUUUAUAAAAUAAACACACUGAACCUCAAAUGUUAAA